AUGCUGACAGCUCGCGAUGGAGCUCGAGAUGAAGCUCAGAAGCUGCACAGGAAAGGAAUGAAGCACCAGGCCUUCAUGGCCGAAUGGCUGAAUGCCCGUAACAAAGAUUGGCUCGCCAAGAUCGAACAGGAGGGCGAGGAGCUGAUCCAGGAACAGCCCGAGUUGCGAUCAGUGGUGGAGAUGAAGUUGAAGGAAAUCAGAGAGUGCUGGUCUCACCUGGAGAACACCACCAAAGUCAAGGCCCGCCAGCUGUUUGAAACGCAGAACCACCGCACUACCGACCUGCCCACUAACACCCUCAGCGACCUGGACCAGCAUCUCACCGCCAUACAGGACCAGCCACCCACACUAGGCUCCACCCACAGCAUCCAACCCACCCUCCUUCAGCCGCGCCCCACUUUCAGCCAGCAACUCCAGAGGAUACAAUCAAUGGAAGCCCAGAUGCAGCUUUAUCAAGGUGUUGGUGAAGUCAGGGCUGGUGCUGAUCACAGGAGACCAGAAGGAGAAGAGCAAGGAGGCGUGACGGAGACCCGAAUUGUGCGUCUUAUCGAGCCUCUGAAGGAAAGGAGGCGGAUACUUCUCGCCUCAAAAGAAAUGCACCAAGUCACCCAGGACCUGGAGGAUGAGAUUGUAUGGAUUCAGGAUCGGUUACUUUUGGCCUCAUCUACAGAAUAUGGGACCAAUCUGCAGAGUGUCCAACAUUUAAUCAUGAACCAUAAGGCACUGCAGAUGGAGAUACAAGCUCAGAGGGGGCGGGUUGAGGAGGUGCUGGAAAGGGCGGAGGCCAUUGCUGCCCUGCUGACCCCAGAGGUGGAGCUUGUGCGUGAGGGGGCGGGGCAUGUGAGGCAGCUGUGGGAGGUGCUUCAGGUAGAGAUGGAACGUCGCACAGUGAUGCUGGAUGCCGUGAACCAUGCCCAGCAGUACUACACCCAGGCAGCGAAGGUGGAGUCUUGGCUCAGUGGACAGAAACUUCAGGUCCUCAAUGAGGAGAAAGGAAACGAUGAGGCCAGCACUUUUAGGUUACUGAAAGAGCAGUUGGCAUUAGAGCAAACAGUGGAGAAUUAUGCAGAGACAGUGAGCUCACUGUCCCAGCAGUGCCGUCGCAUGCUUGAGCUGGGACAUCCAGACAGUGAGCAAAUCACCAAACAGCAGGCUCAUAUAGACCGGCUAUAUGUAUCUCUAAAAGACCUGGUGGAACAGAGGAAAACAAAGCUGGAGCAGCAAUACUGGUUGUAUCAGCUGAAGCGAGAGGUAGAGGCGCUGGAGAAAUGGAUCUCUGAGAGGGAGGCUGUUGCCAGCUCCACUGAACUCGGCCAGGACCUCGAGCACGUCACGUCUCUGCAGAGCAGCUUUACUCAGUUCUCCACUGAGACACGUGCAGUUGGCCAGAAACAGAUGGAUUCAGUCAAUAAGAUGGUGAAUGAGAUGAUUGACUGCAGUCACUCUGAUGCUGCCACCAUUGCAGAGUGGAAAGAUGGGCUGAAUGAGUCCUGGGCAGAUCUUCUGGAGCUCAUGGAGACCAGAGCGCAGAUGCUUGCAGCCUCGUACCAGCUACACAAGUUCUUCACCGACUGUCAGGAGGUGCUGGUCCAGAUCGAGGGAAAGAUGAGACAACUACCAGAGGUGAGGUCAUGUCAGGUGAGCUCAGCCAACCCUGGCACACUGCAUAGACUUCUGCACUCUUUUGAGCACUCCCUGCAGCUGCUGGUCUCACAGGUACGGCAACUGCAAGAAAACGCAGUUCAGCUGCGUGCCAUUUAUGCCGGAGAGAAGGCAGAUGCCAUUUUAUCCCGUGAGCAGGAAGUGAUGCAGGCCUGGAAAGAGCUCCUUGUUGCAUGUGAGGGCAGCCGUGUGCAGGUCACCACAGUAACCGAUAAGAUCCAGUUCUUCGCUGUGGUGCGGGAACUAAGCAUGUGGAUGGAUGGAAUAAUGGGACAGAUUGGCUUAACUGAUGAUGCCAGGGACCUCUCUGUGCUGGAUGGCAUGAUGUCCCAACAUCAGAAUCUGAAGAGUAAAAUAGAUAACAAGAGCAAGAACUUUGUGCAUUGCGUGGAGAUGGGAAAGAUGCUGCUCGCUGCACGCAACCCUGCAGCUGAAGAGGUAAAGGAGAAGCUGGAGUAUAUCAUGGCAAAGCAGAAAGAUCUGAAUGAGCGAUGGGAACAGCACUGGGAGAAGCUUCAGCAAGCCCAGCAGAGGCUGCAGUCCAACCAGCCGGGAUCAGUGGAGCAGUCCUGGCUCACAAUCAAGGAACCAAUCACUCCAAAUACCCGUGAGGCAGGUGGUGGGACAGACGAUGUGGAGGAGCUGAUUCGCCGGCAUGAAGCAUUCCGGAAGGCCGCGUCCACGUGGAAGGAUCAUUUCAGCUCGUUACGCCAGGCAGAGAAAAUGAAGGAGGAACUGAACAAGCAGCCUUCUACCUCCUCUCUCCUCAGCAGGCAGAUGUUCCCUCUCUCCUGUCUUGUGCCCAGCUCCUCUUCCUCGUCUUCAUCCUCCUCUCUCUUCCGUAACCCUCUUCAGGACUCACUUCUGGAGUCCAAGCCCGGGCCUGACCUCAUGCACACCACAGAACACACCAUGGCGAACACACUUGCUCAGCGGCUCGGAUCCACCCUGAACCCUUACACGCCCGUCAUGAACGGCUCCUCGUACCACGGGCUGAUCCAGCCAUCAGGGGGUGUGGCCGAGGGUCUUUCCUACCAUGGGCUAAAACAACAAAGUGUUUCAGGGUUGGAUAAUUCUAGCUAUCAGGGGUUAAACCAACAAGUUGGUGUCUUGGGGGUGAACAGCUCCAGCUACACUGGACUUAACCAACAGGGUGUUUUAGGAGAAGACAGCUCCAGCUACCACAGCCUGAACCAUUUAGGUGCUGUGGGGGUGGGGGUGGAGCCCAAAAUAGGAUAUGCUUGGCAGCACCUGAAAGCUGACUGCUUUCAGCCCAAAAUCAACCACAUUCACAAAGCUGUUCCACCUUUAAUGGAGGCGCACCGAGCCCAGCUCGCCGGUGGAGCAGCAAACAUGCCAGCUCCUCCUACGGGCCUGGACCCCUCCCUGGAGAUGAUCCACAGCCGGUUACAGAGGGACCCCCGCGGGAGCCGAUCUGACCCGCAAAUGGAUCACUUGAGGCGGGAGAGAGAGUACCGGCUUGGCCGACAGACCUCCAGCGAGCAGGAGAUCCAGGCACGACUUAACGAGCUCCCGCUAAUUGUAAGGCAGGAACGAUACCGUCGAAGAAUGGAGAGACAGUCGUCCAGUGAGCAGGAGGGCAGCGGUAGGCAGAGAGUACAGAAACAUGACUCCAGUGAUGCAGAAUCUGGGAAAGAGCCAUCUGACAAGAGACCAUCUGGGGAGAAGCGUUCCACUAUGGCUGAGAUUGUUGAGCAAGCACAGGAGAAAGAAGCUUGUCAUGCGAGGGGAGAUGUGUACAGACCCCCCAGCAGCCUCUCUGCACCAGUGAGCCGUCUGGAUCGCCCUCGAGCUCGAGACCGCCCCAAACCACGACGAAGACCUCGUCCAAAAGAGCCUGAGGAGCCACGGAGGUCCCGUUCUGCGCCGGCUCAGAGCGUCCCAUCCACACCUCAGCCUCCUACCCACACCGUUCAACAUGAGGGCUUCCUGUACAGGAAACACGAAGAGGAGGGGAAGAGAGAAGCCCAAAUAGCAAGUCGUGGGUAAAUCUGUUCUGCGUGCUCAAACAAGGGGAGAUCGGUUUCUACAAGGAUUCCCGACACAAAACAACACCCUACAACGAUGAGCCACUUCUCAACUUGGCCAUCUGCGAAUUUGACACUACCAACGGAUAUAAAAAGAAGAAGAAUGUCUUCAUUU